AUGUGCUCCCGUCCCGUCUCGCCGACACGGCCCCGCUCGCCGGCCGCCCUCACCGACAGGCGGCCCCGCCGUCCACCCGGCCCCACCCGCCAGUCUCGCCCGCGCCUGCCCGUCACCGCCGCGGCGCAGCGGCGUGCGCUCGUCAUUGCCGUUUGAACACUCGAGCUCGCUCGCCAGUCGCCAUUAGCACCACCACUAGUAAUAGCGCGCCGCGGCCCCUCCCAUUCCCCACACGCACUCCGAUCUCCUCUCCCCGUGGCGUCGUCGUGCGCGCGGGAUUCCCUCAUCUCCUAGAUCUCGGCGGAGGACGGACGCGAUGAGGGCGAUGCGGCUCCUCGCGGCGGCGGCGCUCCUCGCCGCGCUGCUCGCGGUGUCCGCGGCGGCAGGCGCGGCGGCGAAGCUCGAUCUGGACGACGUGGACGACUCGGAGGUGCUGGAGGCGCUGCUGGCCGUGGACGACGAGGAGGAGGACGCGACGCCGCCGGGCGCGGGCGGGGGCGGGGGCGCGGAGGCGGUGCGGCGGACGCAGUCCAUGGUGCUGGUGCUCGACAACGACAACGCGGCGCGCGCCGUGCGGGACCACCCGGAGCUGCUGCUCCUCGGCUACGCGCCCUGGUGCGAGCGCAGCGCCAAGCUCAUGCCGCGCUUCGCCGAGGCCGCCGCGGCGCUGCGCGCCAUGGGGAGCGCCGUCGCCUUCGCCAAGCUCGACGGGGAGCGGUUCCCCAAGGCCGCCUCCACCGUCGGGGUCAACGGCUUCCCCUCCGUGCUCCUCUUCGUCAACGGCACCGAGCACGCCUACACCGGCCUCCACACCAAGGACGCGAUAGUUACUUGGGUUAGAAAGAAGACCGGCACGCCAGUAAUUAGGAUUGAGUCGAAGGAUUCAGCUGAGGAACUUCUUAAGAAGGGCCAGACAUUUGCUCUUGGCUUAUUCAAGAAUUACGAGGGAGCUGACCACGGAGAAUUUGUGAAGGCAGCGACUGCUGAAAAUGAGGUUCAAUUUGUAGAAACCAGUGAUAGGAAUGUGGCCAAGAUUCUUUUUCCAGGGAUUGCAUCUGAAGAACAAUUCCUGGGCCUUGUGAAAAGCGAACCAGAGAAGUUUGAAAAGUUCGAUGGAGCAUUUGAAGAAAAGGAGAUAUUGCAGUUUGUGGAGCUUAACAAGUUCCCACUAAUUACUGUAUUCACUGAUUUAAACUCAGCUAAAGUCUAUUCAAGCCCAAUUAAGUUGCAGGUCUUCACCUUCGCAGAGGCUUAUGAUUUUGAAGAUCUUGAAUCUAUUGUUCAAGAGGUGGCCAGAGGAUUUAAGACAAAGAUAAUGUUUAUAUAUGUGGACACUGCUGAAGAAAACCUUGCAAAACCAUUCCUGACUCUUUAUGGCCUUGAAGGAGAUAAACCUACUGUUACAGCAUUUGAUACGAGCAAAGGUACUAAAUAUGUGUUGGAGGCAGAUAUUAACACGAAGAACCUAAAGGAGUUCUCCUUAAGCCUUUUGGAUGGUACACUCCCUCCAUACUUCCGCUCAGAACCAGUACCACAAGAAAAGGGACUUGUUGAAAAGGUUGUUGGACGUACAUUUGAUUCUUCUGUCCUGCGAAGCCCUCACAAUGUUCUCCUCGAGGCUCAUGCACCUUGGUGUGUUGACUGUGAAGCCAUCAGUAAAAACAUUGAGAAGUUGGCCAAGCAUUUCAGUGGUUUGGACAAUCUUAAAUUUGCACGCAUUGAUGCUUCGGUGAAUGAACAUCCAAAAUUGCAGGUAAACAAUUACCCCACACUCUUGCUUUAUCCUGCUGAAGACAAGACCAACCCGAUCAAACUUUCAAAGAAAUUAAGCCUGAAAGACAUGGCGAGAUUCAUCAAGGAGAAGCUGCAGAUUUCGGACGUCGAAAUUAAGGAGAAGCUCCAAACUCCUAACAUUGAAACAGUAGCUGCCGCUGACAAUGUCAAGGAUGAGCUAUAGUUGAUUGCUCGUUCAAGCAUGCUGGCCGCGUUGAAGGAAAAUGACCAUGGAGUGGCCUUAUAGAGAAGGAAAUAGAGUAGGGGUUGGUCACGGUUACGCAGUAGACAUCUAAAAUCAAACAUAUAUGAUGAUGUACCACAUGUUGAUGUACCACAUAGCUUGUUCAUGUAUUAUAUAAUGAAAAUAAUAAAGUCAGUAACUCUAAUAUCGGAUGUUGCAUGAGUAUCAAAGCUCAAGCAGGUUGGGUAUGUUA